AGCCGGCUGCUCGAGUCGUUCGCGUAUCGCAGUUCGCAAAAUCAGCUGAUAGUGUUCGCCGCGUUUUGCUCGCGUCUGUAUCUUGUUGUUUGCACUUGGAUUUUUCACCGGUUCACCAAAAAAAUCGCGAAAAUGGCAGAGAACAGUGAGUUCUGUGACUACAGGAGUCCCCUGGCCACGCGUUAUGCCUCCAAGGAGAUGCGUUUCAACUUCAGCGAUCAAAACAAAUUCAGCACGUGGCGCAAACUCUGGAUUUACCUCGCCAAAGCCGAAAUGAAUCUGGGCUUGGCCAUAACACCUGACCAAAUCGCGGAGAUGGAGGCGCACAUCAACGACAUCGACUUCGAGGCGGCUGCCAAGGAGGAGAAGGCGACCAGACACGACGUCAUGGCUCACGUUCACGUUUUUGGAAACCAGUGCCCCAAAGCCGCCCCCAUCAUCCAUCUCGGAGCCACUAGCUGUUAUGUCGGUGACAACACCGACCUCAUCAUUUUGCGCGACGGCUUCGACAUACUCCUGCCCAAGCUCGGCGCCGUCAUCCGUCGUCUGGCCAAGUUCGCCCUGGACAACCGCUCUAUCCCGACGCUCGGUUUCACCCACCUGCAACCUGCCCAGCUGACCACCGUCGGCAAGAGGGCUACCCUCUGGCUUCACGAUCUACUCAUGGACGAGCGCGCGAUUCGCAGAGCUAGGAACGAUCUCCGCUUCCGAGGCGUCAAGGGCACCACUGGUACCCAGGCUUCGUUCUUGCAGCUCUUCAACGGUGACGGCGAGAAGGUGAAGAAGUUGGACGAGCUCGUGACGAAAAUGGCAGGCUUCGAGAAGCGCUACCCCGUGACCGGUCAGACCUACAGCCGGAAGGUCGACCUCGAGUGCUUGAACGCUCUGAGCUCUCUGGGAGCGACGGUGCACAAGAUCUGCAGCGACAUCAGGAUCCUCGCUAACAUGAAGGAGAUCGAGGAGCCGUUUGAGUCGACGCAGAUCGGCUCCUCGGCGAUGCCCUACAAGCGCAACCCGAUGCGUAGCGAGCGCUGCUGCAGCAUAGCCCGCCACCUCAUGACCCUUGUCAACAACACCCUGCAGACCGCCGCCAACCAGUGGAUGGAGCGUACCCUCGACGACUCGGCCAACAGGCGCAUCACCCUCCCCGAGGCCUACCUCUCGGCCGACGUCAUCCUCAUGACGCUGCAGAACAUCACCGAGGGCCUUGUCGUCUACCCUAAGGUCAUCGCCAGGCACAUCGCCCAGGAGCUGCCCUUCAUGACCGCCGAGAACGUAAUCAUGGCGAUGGUCAAGGCUGGCGGUGACAGACAGGUCUGCCACGAGAAGAUUCGCGUGCUCUCGCACGAGGCGGGUGCCCAGGUGAAGCAGCACGGCAAGGACAACGAUCUGAUCGAGCGUAUCCGUCGCGACAAGUACUUCGAGCCUAUCCUCGGUCAACUGGACGCCCUCCUGGAACCGUCCACCUUCGUCGGCAGGGCACCCGAGCAGGUACUCGAGUUCCUUCAAGAGGAGGUCUACCCGGUCCUGGCCAACUACGAGGGCAAGGACGUGUCGCCCGUCGAACUCAGCAUUUAGACUCGAAUCGCCGAGACUUUUUUUACCGAAAUAUCGUAUAUUUUUUCGACGCAUUUUUGUUACACUACAUUGCUCUUAAAGUAAAAUCGUGGCUAGGCCGAUGUAGAAGUCAAAGUCAUGCGCUACUUUUUUUAUCAAUGCUUUUUAUUGAACAUUUUUCGCUUGUAUAAUAUGUAAAUAAACGGUUUUGCGCUUUUCGUCAAAUCGAACGAGUGAGUUUGUAUAACAAUAAAUGUCUCUUGCGAGCGUGAGCGAACAAAAUACAGAUUGUGUCCAACACAACGAAUAAAUUUGUACAUCAAUUGUGUGUGAGAAAGAA